CACUCAACUGACUGAGCCACCCAGGCGCCCCCAUAAUAAUUGUUUCAAAUUCUUGUGUGCUUACUCCAUCACAUCUGUUGUGUGUGCUCACUCAUGUUUCUUCUGCUCAUGAACCACAUUUUCCUGCCCCUCUGCAUCUUUAGUAAUUGGGGAGGGAAGUAUUUCCAUUGUAAAUGUAAUAUUGUUGAGUGCCUGGAUUUUGUUGUCUUCCUUAAGUGUUGAAGUUUGUUUUGGCAACAGUUCAGUAACUUGAAGAUGAGCUUGAUGAUUCGAAGUCUGCACUCUGGGGCUGGUCUGGCCUAUUCCAACUCUAAGCUGUGGGCUUUCCAAAGGCUCUCCUGAAUGGUUCAGGUUUUUCCACUCUCACUGGUCAGAACUCAGACAUGAUUGGCUUCUGGAUUCACCUGCACGUGCCCUUGUUAGUACCGCUUCCUCUGUAGCUUUGUGGAACUCUUUCCUGACCUAGGUCCCCGCUCUGGUACUGUUCCCCACAAACGUCAGCCAUCCAGGAUUCUGAUCUCUGUCUUUUCAGCUCUGGUUAGGAUGCCUCCAUGCACUGUUGUCUUGAAACAUGCCUGGAGUCUGAAAGCCAGGAUGGUGGUUGGGCUCACCUCUUUUGUUUCUCUUCUCAUUCAGAUCACAGUCCUGCACUGACUGUCGUCCAGUGUCUAAAAGCAACCAUUGCAUACACUCAUUCUUGUUGCUUUUAUGGGUAGGGGGUAAGUUCCAUGGCAGCUACAGUGGUGUGGCCGGAGGUGGAAUUCUCCCAGUGACUCAAAUGUCGUGAAGGUUGAGGGCCAUAGGCGUUUGCUGCGGCUGCUAAAACAAAGUGCCACAGAUUGCAUGGCUUAAACAGCAGAAAUGUGUCGUCUCACAAUUUGAGAAGCUAGAUGUCUGGGAUCAAGAUGUCGGCAGGGCCUGGUUCCUCCUGAGGGCUGGGAGGAAGGCUCCGUCCCAGGCGUUUCCCCUCAGCUUGCGGGUAGCCGUCGUCCACCUCUGCAUCUUCACCGACUACUCGUCCUGUGCGCGUGUGCAGCUGCCCGGCUUCUAAGUCGGUUUCACUUGCUCAGUCAACAUUCCGCCUCCAAGUCCAGUCACACUUGGAGGACCUGGGGGUUAGGACUUCUGCAUAUGAUUCGGGGUGGGGCGAUGGAACUCAGCCCAUCCCAGGGAAGCUGAGACUCCAGUCGCAGCCCCUCUCCCUGGAAGCCAGCGCACAGCUGGCACUGGGCUUUGCUCUGACCCGACGGGUCACUGUCUAUCAGGAAACAAACUGCGAGGUGUUUGUAAAUUAUGAAGUCAGCAAGUUGGGUUGGUUUAAGAGGAAAACAACACAUAGCUUUUUAGUCUUAGGAGGAUGGGAUUCAGUUAUUCCUUUAAUGCUUGCCGACCGAUGAGCAGGCCUGUGAUCCAGAUACACCUUUCUGGAGAAGCUCAGUUUGUACCUCUCCGAUUCAAGGAAUGAACACAAACACUUUUCCACAGGGCUACAGGAUGUUGCAGGGUUUUGUUGUUGGAGAUGAUACUGGUGGGGUGGUAAUGAGUCAGCUUGGUGGCUGUGGCAGGAAAGGCUGAUGGGAAACAGAUCUUUGAUUAUCAGAGCUGGAAAAGCCGUCACAACCAUUGGUGCAUGGUGCGGGGGGAGGGGUACGCAGUCCACAGGGGAGAAAGGUUCCCAGGGCAAGUGGUGCCUUGAGCCCCGGUGACAGCCAGCCGUGUCAUCAUUUUAUAAGUUACUUUCAAAUUGAUAAUGUUUCUCUGUUCAUUUGUCAUGGCUUUACCACAGGCCAGGGCAUACCAGCUCCGUUCACAGGUGCAGACGUUUGCAGCGGUCAAGGUAACUGCUCAAGGUCGCCCAGGAAGGCAGAAGCAGAAGCAGAAUUCAAAUGCAGGUCUUGACUUUCAUUGUAGCGCCCAUUUUUCUCGUACUCCAUUUCUCUGACUCAUAGUCAUGGCUAAUUGUGUGCAUAGUGAUUUUGCUUUGUAGAUCGCUUGGUGUAGGACGUGCUUGUCUUCACAUUCUGCCCUGAAGUGUUCGGCUCGUCCCUUUCCACCUUGGCUUUCCAAGCUCCUUCUGACACCUGCGCAGCGGAGGAGGUCUGAGGGGACAAGGCGGACUUCCGGGCAGCGUGGAAGCCAGCGGUCCCAAACUCGCAUGUAAAGAGCUCUCACGUGACAAGAGAAACAGCCCUCAGGUCGUGUCCUCUGCCUGGCGCAGGCGCUGGUUCGUCCUCCGGCGGGGCCGCAUGAGCGGCAGCCCGGACGUCUUGGAGUACUACAGGACCAAACACUCGAGCAAGCCCAUCCGCGUGAUCGACCUCAGUGAGUGCGCAGUGUGCCAGCACGUGGGCCCUGGCUGCGUCCGGAAGGAAUUUCAGAAUGACUUUGUGUUCACUGUCAAGACCGCUUCGCGUACAUUCUAUCUGGUAGCUAAGACCGAAGUAGAAAUGCUGGCGUGGGUGUACAGCAUUAGUCAGGUCUGCAACUUCGGCCAGCUGGAGGACAGCGCAGCAGAUUCCAUGGAGAGCUCCUCGAGCAUGGCCUCCCCGCCGCAGCCAGCCCCCGCCAGCGUCGGCUCCUCCUUGCUGAGAGACAGCCCGAGCACUAACGUCGUCGCCACCGAGGAAAGCGGGAGUGAGUCCGAACUCCUCUCCCUUCCAGAUUAUCUGAUUCUGUCCAACUGUGAGACCGGAAGACCGCGUCACACCAGUCUACCCACCAGAUGUGAUAGCUGGUCAAACUCAGACCGCUCGUUGGAACAGACUUCAUUUGACGACGUUUUUGUUGACUGCCUGCAGCCCGUGUCCCCCAGUAACUUGGUCCACCCCUCACACCACGGGAAUGGAUCUCAGAAGGUGCCUUCCACAAAGCCUCAGGCUGCCCUGAUAUGGAAUAGAGAUAUCAGUGGGCCAACCAAGGACCCCUUUUAUUCACCGUUGGUGGAAACGUCCUUAAAUUCCACCAUUCAGGUAGAUAAAAACCAAGGUUCCUUGCCCUGUGUGGUAAAAGAGCUAGAUAUCGUGUCCAACAUGCCACCUCCCCGCCCCCCUAAGCCAAGCCAUCUCUCUGAACGGCGCCAAGAAGAACGGGUCCUGUGGAAUGAGCAUGGCGGCAUCAAGAAGCCCGAGUGCACUACGGCAGCAGCAGCGAGAAGAAUCUCUCUCUCUGGUUUAGAUAACAUGACAGCCUGGAAAGCUGAUGCACAGGGCCAGCCCCUAAGACACCGAGACAAGCGGCUUAGUUUAAAUUUGCCUUGCGGGUUCUCUGCGCCGCCCCCCACGGCCGCAGCCCUGGCUGAAGCUGGCUACGUGCCCAUGGGCCCCCUGGCGGCCCCGUCUGCUCUUAGAACUCGCCGCGGCCACGAGGACUACGUGCCCAUGGGCCCCAGGGGCGCCCCGAGUCCGCUGCCUGUGCUCUCUGCCGACACCGAGCCUCCACCGGUGAACAGAGACCUCAAGCCUCAGAGGAAGCCACGGCCAGCACCUCUGGACCUGAGCCACCUGUCCACCAUCCGGGAACACGCGUCUCUAACCAGGAACCGCACUGUGCUUUGCAAUCGAACCAGACUUCUCUCUCCAGAAAGAAAUGGUAUUAAUUCUGCAAGAUUUUGUGCCAAUUCUGUUUCCAGACAAGAGGAACAAAGCUACAUCCACACGAAUCGCAGGACGGCCAACUCCCUGAGCACUGGUGCUCUGACAUGGACAGAGAACUUCAGCCUGGACUAUUUAGCACUGGACUUCAAUUCCACAUCGCCAGCCCCUGUACAGCAGAAACUUCUCCUUUCAGAAGAGCAAAGAGUGGACUACGUGCAAGUGGAUGAACAGAAGACACAGGCCCUGCAGAGCACGAAGCAGGAGUGGACGGAUGAGAGGCAAUCGAAAGCGUGAGACAUGGGCUUGGGCCGUGCAUGGGGCUGCGAAGCUCGAGGCCCAUUCUGUGCAUCUUUCGGCAGAGCUGCAUGGGGCUCCAUGCGGGUCAGGAAUCCUAGGGAGUGUGGGAUUCCUGCAGGCUUGGCAAGAACCUUUGGGAGAGAGGAUUUAUUUGUCCGCGCCAAGUGGGGAGAAGGAAGAAGUGGUCUCCCGACCCCACCACCACCCCCACCUGUCGCAGCUGUGUCCUCCCGCCACACUUGCCUGGAGACUCCGUGAUGCUUGGCGUCGGCUCCGCAGACAUAAGAGGCGGAGAUGGAGGACUCGGCGGCCAUGGACCAUCACGGAGAAAACUCCGUUCAUUCAGGCACCAAUCCAAACAAGACUUGGGACAGAAUGUUUCCCAGAGCUUGGUUAAGAAUCUCUCCAAUGGAGCAUUUGGAGUGCAGAGUCAAGCCGGUAUUGCUACCAAACAGAAUCAUUUGUCUCUAAUGCUUGCAAAUUCUGACCUUUCUCCUGUGCUUCCAUUGGAUCAUAAAUCAUCCUGGUGGAGGGGCUCCCGACCUUGGCUCCUGCAGACACGGUGGCGGAGUUCAAACCUAGAGACAGUGGCCGAGUUUGCAUUCCUUCCUCCAAAGACCCCAACAGAAAGUCAUCUCUAUCCUCAGAGAAAGACAGUCAAGUGAGAGGAGCAGUGAGUCCUGGGCUCCGUACUGACUGUGUCGGAGGACACUGGCGGCUCUAAGGGUGUUGUGGUCAGACAGCUAUGCCUGUGAACAGGUGACCCCUUGCUGCCAGAUGCAUCGCCUCGCCUCAUGUCAUCUCAGAAGCCUCUGAAACGAGGCUUUGCAGAGACCGUCGCUCCUACCUGGAAGAAGAUGAGAGCCAGAGGAGGGACUGUGUGCCCAAGAAGACUCGCAGAGCCAAGGCCCAGGGGGAGGCCCCCAUGGGCCCAUUCCACCAUCGUCCACUGCCUCCGAGGAUUUUGAUGAAGCCUAGCAGUUUGGUCCCCUUUAUGGCCGUGAGAACCCUGUGCAGACAUGAGGUGACUCAUCAUCCCCCCUCCUUUCAUAGGGUUUGGAGCAGGUGUGUUCGCACUUGACAUGUAUGCCAAGCCGGGUUUUCUCUGUGUGCUGUGCAAUUGGGAGGCCCUGAGAAAUCCCUCCUGACCAUUGCUGUGAGAGCCAUUCUGGCUUCAUGUGGUCCCUCACAUGGUGUUUCCCGAAAGCCGCUCGUGGUGGCAGAAAAAUUGUUUGCCACCUCGGGGAAGGCACAAAUUGCCCCUGUCUGUCCUAUGCUGGACCCCAGCUUUUGAGUGAUGGCUGUGACCAGAAAACAAACACACACGACAGAAGAAAGCUUUAAACAAUGACUUCCAUUCUUAAAUUUCCUGACGAAUAUCUCCCUUCCGCUUUAGUGAUAGCUAAGUCCUGAGAGCAGAGUGCCACUGUGUUGUGAGGCAAUAGGUCACCCCCUUCUUCAUGGGGCACUGGGGUUCAGGGGGUCAGAUGAAGGUCUCAGUCAGGCGUGGGAUUGUAUUUAAUGGUCCUUCCCGAUUCUUCCAAGCACCUGCAGCCAGAAGACAGACGUGAACAGCUGGCAAUGGAGCAGAUACAGGCCCACUAUUCUGACUGACACUGCGUGUCACAGAAGGGUUAAACAGGCAGGCAGGUCUGUGGCAGUCAGGGGGGUGUAGGCUUUGCUGUGGGGCUUUCGGGUUCAAACUGUCCCAAAGGUAAGUAAAUGCCAGUCUGGGCUUUUCAGACCAUAGAAAUAAUUUUGAUGUUCAAAACAGCAGGAUCUGGUGACCUCAUUUUCUUCCUGGAGUAAGAUGGAGGGAAAUGGUUGAAUGCUUUCAAUGAUGCAGGAGUCUUUGGUGAGCCCAGAUAGAGAAAUGCGAGGACCCCCUCCCCGCUGCACCCUGUGGCCAGCUCUGUGGCGCAGCACACAGGCUGGAGCCUGGAAGGAGCGUCUUCCCUCUGUAGCUUGUGAAGAGUCACAGAGCUUCAAGCAAGAAUCCAUGGCGGCAGACUGUCAAUUCCCAUAGAUGGAAACUUCCUUUUCGGGGGUGGCACCUGUCUUUAGACCCCGACAAAGGCCGGUGAGGCAUAAUUGUAUGUGCAAGUGUCGAGAACUGCACAACUUGAGAUAGAUCAAAAAUACGGCGGAAAUUAUGUCCGUAGUGAAAUGUCACCCAGUUGGCCACACAUACACAAACCCUCUUUUUAUAAAGUAUUUCCAGGGAAGUAUUGAUUGCACAAAGCAACACACAUGAGUGGUGUGGCUUGUUUGGAAGCAAUUAGUGAGGCAUUAACAAAAAACGCGAGUUCACUCUUCUUUCCAGGGUGUGUGUGAUUCUGUCGUGCUUUGAUAACACUGCUAAUGGAUGCUUGCUCCAAAGCUGAUGACCCAGGGAGACAAGGCACAGGUAAUUUUGAGCAGCAUGAGCUCCUGAGAAAGCGGCCGAGUAAAAACGCUGCCGGCCAAAUCCUGCUCCUGCAGAGCUAAGCCAUGUGUAAUGGGGCUGUACUUAUGACCAGGGUCGGAGGUUUUGGGGUUGCUUUUUUAAAAUUUUUCUAACGUUUAUUUAUUUUUGAGAGACACAGACAGAACAUGGGCUGGGU